UGGAGUUAUAAAAUGGCGGCCCGGGGCGCGUUGGGCGCUCUUCUUCCAGCGGUCUCUGGUUGAGCUUGCUGCUCUCCCUCACGGCCGAACACAGAGAGGCGAGGCCCCUGGAGGACAUGGUGUUGGAGACCCCGGGCUUGCUGACCACCAAGUUCUUCGAGAAUCUCUGCGCACCGGAAGCGACCAGGCGCGCUCCUCCGGGCGAGCAGCGGCCGCUUCACAUCCGAGGCCCGCGGCUGCAACCUCGCACCCGCUCGCGGUCGUUCACCCGGCUUUCGCCGCAGCCACAGCCCCGCGAGUGCCGCGGCGGCCGGCCGGGAGGUUUGAAAAUAUGGCCAAAAGGAUUGCUGAGAAGGAAUUGACAGAUCGGAACUGGGAUCAAGAAGACGAAGCAGAAGAGGUGGGAACGUUCUCAGUGGCCAGUGAGGAAGUCUUGAAGAAUAGAGCCAUAAAGAAAGCAAAGCGUAGAAAUGUUGGAUUUGAAUCCGAUAGUGGAGGGGCCUUUAAAGGUUUUAAAGGCUUGGUUGUACCUUCUGGAGGAGGCGGGUUUUCUGGAUUUGGCAACGGUGCUGGAGGGAAGCCUUUGGAAGGGCUGUCGAAUGGAAGCGGCGUGACCAGUGCCCCUCCCUUCUCCGGCGCCAGGGCAGCCACGGAGAGCAAGGCGGCCUUCGGAUCUGUUGCUGCAAAUGGUCCUACCUCCUUGGUGGAUAAGAAGGUUUUAACUCCCAAAACCAACGGGGACAGCCCGCAGCCCUCCUCUUCCGGGCCCCCCUCUGGCGCCGCCUGCCCCCGCAGCGCCUACCACAAGCAGCUGGCGGCCUUAAACUGCUCCGUGCGGGACUGGAUCGCGAAGCACGUGAACGCCAACCCGCUGUGCGACCUGACGCCCAUCUUCAGAGACUACGAGAGACACCUGGCGGGGAUCGAGCUGCAGCACGGCAGCGGGGGCGGCCGGGGCUCCGAGCGGGAGGCCGCUCCCGUGCCGCCGGCCACCCCGUCCCCUCCCCUGUUCGGGGCAGCGAAGCCGCAGCAGGACCCGGCGUUCCCGUCCGCCGGCGGCAGGGCAGAGGACGGCGCCGAGAGGAAGACGGAGCCGCCCGCGGGAGCCGCAAGCGCCUCGUUCAGCUUCGGCAAGAAGAUCGACGGGUCUGUCCUGGGCUCGCUGAGCUCCGGCCCCCUGACGGGGUUUUCGUUCUCUUCAGGAAACUCCAGCUUCUUCGGCAAAGAGCUGACCCAGAAUAAACCAGCGUCUUCACCGUUUUCCGCGCAAACGUUGGAGGUACCGGCCGAAGGCGGCACUAGCGACCUCAAAGGCGGAGAUGAAGAGGAGAGUGACGAGCCGCCCAAAGUAGUAGUUACUGAAGUAAAGGAAGAAGACGCUUUCUACUCCAGAAAGUGUAAGCUGUUUUACAAGAAGGACAACGAAUUCAAAGAGAAGGGUGUGGGCACCCUGCAUUUAAAACCUACGGCCACUCAGAAGACGCAGCUGUUGGUGCGGGCAGACACCAAUCUAGGCAACAUCCUGCUGAACAUUCUGAUUCCUCCCAACAUGCCGUGUACCCGAACGGGGAAGAACAACGUCCUGAUCGUGUGUGUUCCCAAUCCACCCGUCGAUGAGAAGAACGCCACCGUCCCAGUGACCAUGUUGAUCCGGGUGAAAACCGGCGACGACGCGGAUGAGUUGCACAAAAUUUUACUGGAGAAAAAGGAUGCCUGAACACGCCUGGACUAGGAUUGCCGCCGAGUUGCUGCUGCCCCACCGCCCCUUAGACAUAGUCCGUUUCUCUUCUUACUUUCACAUUCUGAGGACUUAGAGGUAACUUAAAACUUUGUGAGGAAGAUUAAUAUGGCCAAUAAAACCUUUAAAUGUUAAGUGUCAA